AUGCUCUCGUUUGAAACAGUCGUGUGCAUUGCAACUAUAUUUGUUGCAGGAGGUCUGGUGUAUCAUAUUUUGCUCGGACCUACCGGCACUGCGCCAUUUGUCAAAGGCCCGAUACCAGGCCUUGGAGUCGCGCUCUCGUUCGUACAGAGCCCUACGCGCUUUCUUGAGAACCAGCGGAAGAAAUUGGGAUGGAUAUUUGAGAUUUAUAUUGCAGGUCAGCGCAUGACCUUGCUCUCCGACCCGAUAUCGGCGAAUAAGCAAGCUUGGAUGAGCAAAAGCCUCUCUCUUAUCCACUUUAUCUUGUACGUCGACCGUUCCCUCUUCGCCUACUCGAAGCGCAUCGUCGACGAUGUCCCAUUCCUACGCAAGGCCGCCAAGCAACUAGUCGCUCUUCUCACCAGUCGCGUCGAGAUGAAAGACACCGUCGACCUCAUCCGCCAGGAAUAUCUGCAGCUUAUCGAAGACGGCUCCAAGUUUGCCGAAGAUACCGAGUCAGGCAAAGAAAUCGAUCUUUAUGAAGAAUGCAGAUACAACAUGUUUUACGCCUCCUCCGUCGGUUUGUUUGGCACCGCUUUUCCCGUCGACUCAAUCUACAAACCCUAUAUGAUCUUCGAGGACAGCAUCAUGAAAUUCCUAAAGUCAUAUCCAAAAUUUCUCAACCGCGAGGGCUUCGCUGGACGCCAAAAAGUUCUUGACGAGCUAGGCAGCUAUUUCACCGACCCUGUCCGAGUGCGCAACUCUGCCCCCUUUGUGCAGAAGAUGUACCAGCUUUUCCAGGAAACAGAAUAUACCGAUGCUGAAGAUUAUGCCGGUUAUUUUUUCUCGAUUAUCUUUGCCGCAAAAUCUAACUCCGUCCCCGGAGCUUUUUGGCUCCUAGCCGAAAUCAUCAGCCAUCCGGAACUGAAGGCUCAAGUUGAGCUGAUCAUCGCCGAAAACUACAACCCCGAGACCAAGUCCUUCGACUGGGACGCCCUCAUGAGCAAUCCUGUUCUUGACUCCUGCUUCAAAGAAACCCUGAGAAUCAACGCCAACAUCGUCUCUGGCCGACUUGCCAUGGAAGACACGACACUGCGAGUUGCCUCAUCGACCGAUGCGAGCCCGAAGCCUUAUCAGAUCAAGAAAGGAACACAGCUGUUGAUAUUCCAGAACCAGAUGCACUGGGAUGCUGACGUCUAUCCUGACCCGAUGGAAUGGAAGGGCGAUAGAUUCCUAGACGAAAACAAAGAGAAAUUGAUCAUGCACACGGACAAAUGGAAAUCUUACGCUCCAUGGGGUGGAGGAGCACACAUGUGCCCCGGAAGAUUUCUUGCUCAAGUUGAGGCGUAUGCCCAGUUAGUAUACACGCUCUUUCUUUACGAUAUCGAGCCACUCGAAGAUAUACCAAAGCCUAUAAUUGGCGAUCGAUAUGGCGGUGGUCUUCUGAAGCCCGAGCGUGGAUACAGAGUAAAGAUAAUACGUCGGAAGAAUCCGUUGAGUGCUCUCGCUUGA